CCUCCCAUUUUCCUUCUGUCGCAUACCGCGCAGAUUUCUGUUCUCUUACUCGCUUAUCGCAUCGCAAUUUCAUUGUCUUUGCAUUGUCUUAUCAUUGCCUGUUGCACCACCUCUCUUCUCAACCCUUUCAUAUAGUGGUUAAUACGUUGCUGCGCUGGUCUCGUCUCAUUCGCCAGUCUGCGCACGCGCUGCUCGCCGUCUCCGACCCGUUUCAAUCCCCCUCAGCGUCCGCGCUCCUAUUGUCAAGGAUAGCAAUCAUCCUCGUGUCGCACAAUCUUCCCAAUGGCUCCAAAGCGCGACUUGCCCGAGAAGCGCAACCCGUUGGUCGAUGCUGAGCAUACUCCUCCUCAGGAGAUUUUGACCGAACGUCGCAAACUCGGCCAGACCGAUCUCUCCGUCAAACCGGGUCAGGCCGGCGUCGCCAACGCGUCGAAUGCGGAGAACCUGGGGAAGUUCGACUACGCGCAUUUGCGCGUGCCCCUGCCGAAGGACCUCAAGGGCUCGGGCAUUUUCACGGCGAAAAACCAGACAUACCCGGAAUCGUAUUUUUUGAUGAGACGAAGCAGCGAUGGAUUCAUCAGCGCGACGGGAAUGUUCAAGGCAGCUUUCCCCUGGGCUUCCGUGCAAGAGGAGACCACAGAGCGAUUUCACCAUAAGAGCCUGAAGUCUGCUGGUCCCAGCGAGGUUGCCGGAAACGUCUGGAUUUCUCCACUAGAUGCUCUCAAACUCUCCGACGAAUACAAGAUGCUCCCCUGGAUCAUCGCCCUCCUCUCCUCGGAGAACAUCGAGAAGCCCGGCAAAGAUGCCCACCUCGACAUCUCAUCCCCCCCAGAUUACAACGUCCCUCCGCGCUUCCUUAAGAAAGAAAUGGAAGAGUCCACCAACCCCGCCGACCCACCUUCCGGCGCCUCCCUCCCACCCCCAACCUCCGCGCGCCGCCGUGAACUCCGCUCCGCCUCCCCCUCCAAAACCUCCGGCACCCCCGCCCGCAAGAUCGCCUCACCACGCAAGCGCACUGUCAAGAAAGACGCGACGCCCACCGAAGACGGCAAGGCGGCCGCCACCGAGAAACCCAGCGCUGGCAAGUCGCGCGGCGCCAGCGCGGCCAGCAAGACCCUUCAGCAAGUCGUGACGAACGGAAGCACGGCGGUGGCAGGGGAGACGAGUGCGCCGGCCACGGGGCCGAACGACCGAGUCCAGGUGGAGGUCGACGAGGCGGUGUUGUCGCGCGGCCCGGAGGAGGUGACGACGACUGCGGUGCGCGUGGAGAUCCCCGCGGAGCACCCGGACCUGCCUCUGCCGCAGGAUACGGGGGAUCUCGUGGCGACGGCGAGCGAGAUGGUAUCGGAGGCGAAGAAGUUGGAGGGGCCGUCGAAGAAGCGGGGCGCGAAGCGAAAGGCGGAAGAGAUUGAGGUGGAGAAGGAGGGCGAGGCCGAGGAGGCGGUGGAGGUCGCGGCCGGAGGACCGAGUGUGAAGAAGGCGAAGACGGAGGCGGUCGUGAAGAAAGAGAAGGUCAGGACGAGAGCUUAUGCCGGAUUGGCGGCCACGUUGGCGGUGGGGGCGGGUAUUUCGUUUUUCUUCGGUUAGGAUGGUUUCCUAUCGGCUUCAAGUUUCGAGCUCGGGGGUUCUGUGAUAGGGUUCGGGCCCUUGAAGGGUAACGGAGCGGUGGGUUCGGUGGUUCCUUGUGAGAGAGGGGUUGGCUUUGAUGUUGCUGACGGAGGGCCUACAUUGGUCGAGUCGGGAGAUCCGGACACGUCUACAAAAUUCGGAGGUUGAAGGGGCUUUCCCAGGUAGAUACCAGCAUUUGGGUCGAGUUCGGCCAUGCACUUUCGUUCUGGUUCCC